AACAAAGUGGAUAAAUUGAAAUGCGAUAGAUGUGUGCAUUAUUCGAGAAUUUCGAUGUAUUGCACAGUAGCAUGUGCGCUAACAAUCAUAAGAGUUAUUUGAAUGAAUUUCAUGUAUUUGAUUUAGGUGUUUUGGAGAUGCCUUCUACUGGCUAAUGUCUCAUAUGUUACGCGUUUGUAGAUUCUUGAAGUUUUUGUUGAUUUCAAUUUCAAUUUGAGUUUGUGCCUUAGGACCUAAAUUUUGAUUUUGUCAGGUAGAUAGGAAGACCAUUUAUACCCUGGAAAUUGGUUUGUUUAUUACAAGCUGAAGAGUGGAAUAAAAGUUUAGGUCAGGACUCAGGAGGCCAAGUUCGGUGUUGAUAUUUCAUUUGUUGCAUUCAGUUCAGUUUGUUCAGGCUGGUGGCCACCGAUCUGGCGAUGAGGUGUCAGCGUCUGCUGCUGGAGCUGCUGGGGCAGAGUGUCUGCAGCAGGACCUCCCAUGGACCCCUGCUGGGCCGCCACCGCUGCCCCUGGCCCAGUCGGCUCCCAGUUCGCCACUCCUCCUCUGCCCCACCACUAGUGAUCGAAGGCGUCGAGUACCAGCCGGACGACUGGACCAACGUGACGCCGCGCAUCCUGGAGCACGUGGGCCGCCGUCUGCACGAGCAGCCGCAGCACCCGCUCUGUCUGAUCAAACAGCGCGUCACGCGCUACAUGCACUCGGCGUUCCGCAACGCGCGCGGCAACCCGCUGUUCUCUCUGCACGAGCGGCUGGGUCCGGUGGUGAGCGUGGCGGCCAACUUUGACUCCCUCCUGGUGCCCGCCGACCACCCGAGUCGGCGGCGCAGCGACAACUACUACGUGCGCCGCGACACGGUGCUGCGCGCGCACACGAGCGCCCACCAGACGGAGCUGCUGACGGCCGGCCUGGACGCCUUCCUGGUGGCGGGCGACGUGUACCGACGGGACGAGAUCGACCGCACCCACUACCCAGUCUUCCACCAGAUGGAGGGCGUGCGCGUCAUGAACCGAGAGCAGCUUUUCGGAGUGAUGGCGGACCCCCAGCUGCGGCUAUUUGACCCGUCGCCCGGCCCCCGGCGGCCAGAGAAGCAGGAGGCCCACUCACUGGAGGCCGUCAAACUGAUGGAACACGAGCUCAAAACCUGUCUGGAGGGACUGGCGAAACGACUGUUCGGCGCUGACAUCGAGUACCGCUGGGUGGACUGCUACUUCCCGUUUACCCAUCCCUCGUGGGAGCUGGAGGUGCGACUCGACGACGACUGGCUCGAGGUGCUCGGCUGCGGAAUCAUGGAAAAGCGGAUACUCGACAAUAGCGGCGUGGGCGACCGGAUCGGCUGGGCGUUCGGCCUUGGUCUGGAGCGGCUGGCCAUGAAGCUGUACAACAUCCCCGACAUCAGGCUGUUCUGGUCGCGCGACUCGGGCUUCCUCAACCAGUUCAAAGUGGGCGACUGCGAACAAAGCGUGCAGUACAAGCCGGUGAGCCAGUACCCGCAGUGCAGUAACGACCUGAGCGUCUGGCUGCCCGGCUCUGGGUACUCGGCCGCCGACUUCUAUGACCUGGUCCGGUCACUGGGCGGAGACAUGGUGGAACAGGUCACUCUGGUAGACGAGUUCACCCACCCCAAGUCGGGCCGAGCCUCGCACUGUUACCGCAUCGUGUACCGGCACAUGGAGCGAACGCUGACCCAGGCUGAGGUGAACAGGCUACACGAGGCGAUCGGGGCGGCCGCCACUGAGCAGCUGGGCGUCCAGGUGCGGUGACCCCGCCAGAGUCACACCCGCGGGUCAGCCGAGAGGCGGCCACAGUGGGUGGGGGUGGCCAGUCAGGACCAGUGUGAUAUAACUGCCGUUUUGUUACGAUUUGUUGUGAGGAUAUGCAGAAUAGGUAAACGAGUGUUGAUAGCGUUUUGUAGGCAUACGUGCUAACUAAUGAUGAAUAAAGGACAUGUGAUGACGGA